AUGGUUCUCUCAAACCGCCUUCUAUCCACCGUCGCCCAGCUCGGCCUGGUGGCCGGCUCCGCUUACGCCGAGAAGGAAUACAUCUGGCCCAAUGCCCAAACCGACCUCCUCGAGUCCAUGCUCUACGAGCAGCAGGGUUUCGGAUCCGCCAACUCGCCCGCAACGUUCAUAGUUCCCUGCGACAAAGUCACCUUUGGCACAGGUCGAAACGGCGCGGCGGAAUGGCUGCGCACAGCAUACCACGACAUGGCGACCGCCGACGUCGACGCGGGAACAGGAGGCAUCGACGCUUCGAUUGGCUUCGAAGUCAACCGUGAUGAGAACGUAGGCAUCGGCUUCAACGAGACGCUGAUGAACCUGAUUGCGUUCAUGACGCCACGAUCAUCCAUGGCCGAUCUCAUCGCUUUGGGAGCCCUCUUUGCUGCAAAUGGCUGUUCCAACGGAAGUAUUGAGAUCCCCUACCGCGCCGGCAGAGUCGAUGCCACGGGCCCGGGUCCGUCAGGCGUGCCCCGGCCGGAGCAGCCGCUGGACGAGCACAUCAGCAGCUUCAAGAAGCAGGGGUUCACGCCGCAGGAGAUGAUUGGGCUGGUGGCUUGCGGACAUACCCUGGGAGGCGUUCACGGCGUGGAUUUUCCCGAGAUUGUGGACGUCGUGAAUGAUCCAAGAUGCCAGGAUCUGCUUGAACGGAUGAUCAACACGGUUCCCAAGGGCGUCACGUUGACCGAUCCUAUCCAGCCCAUUCCCGUGAAGCCAUUACGUCUGUUUGCCACCAUCAACACCAAUGGCACAAUGACCAUGUCUGGUUACAUCAGACCCUGUCUCAUCAGCGACAAUUUUCCCGCAUUCGCAUCCGGCCAUGUCAUGUACGGCAACCCUCCGCUUACCUUUUGGACGUAUCCCUUCUCGACCGUGAUCCCCCUCGCACAGGGCGUUUCCGGGUUCGAUGUCGAGGUUGUCGAUAACGUCAACGGGGUGAUCAACAGUACUUUGUAUACGAAUGGCGGAAAUGGCUUCCCGUUUGAUGAUACUAUCGUUACUCAGCCAAAGCUUUCGUGCUCUGAAGUCACGUCUGAGGGACGGAUGGACUUGAGCGUGGCGAUCCGCGAUGAUUCCAAGCUCGACACAUUAAAGGCAAUCGUACACGUUCCAGAGCCGCUGCUUUCACUCACUCCCAGCGUUGGAUCCAUUCCCCUCGACUUCACCAAGGUCGGGCCUAUCGAGGGAUCAGGAUACACUCUUUACAAUGCGUCCAUUGUCACGGGUGUCAUUCCCUUCAAUUUCCCCAACAAUCAAGCGGGGAGUUAUAUCCGAACGUACGAUCUAAUUGCCUCGAAUAGCACACAUACAGAGGAACGAGAGUUCAACAUGAUGGACGGUCUAAACAGCUGCCCAGGUAUUUUCUAG